AUGACGCGCUUCAAGGCAAAGCAUUCUUCGACAUUUAAUCAGUCGAGUAAAACAUCGUUCAUUAGCAACACUAUAAAGAAUCACACAAAGAAAGAUAGUAUUGAAUUGAGAAAAAGUGAUGCAUCAGAUUUGCCAGAUGCAAACUUUCCAUCUCGAGUUAACAGUCGAUCGCAGCCAAUUGGCCACCUCUCACGGCUCGUAUUGUUCUUUCAAACUUCAUUCUCAACAUCUCCAUCCAUCUGUAUGAAGUGUGCCGUGUACAUAUCGCCAGUAAAUGAUUUCAAACGUCUGUACGCACCUCCUAAUUGGACUACCAGUGGUGUAGCUAGGGUCUUCUGCGCCCGGGGACAAAACAAAAAAUUUGCGCCCCCUACAUAA